AUGUUGAGUUCCUUAUUGAAAAUUGAACGAUACCUAAAGUGUGAUAUCUGCGAUUGCAUUUCAGAAAAACUUAUUGUCAUUCCAACCUGCCCAACUUGUGGAUUACCAGCCGAAGAAUUAUUAAAGGAUCCCAUGCAUGAUAAUCUCGUCAGUUAUGUCAGUAAAUUGAAAACUGCCCUGCUCAACCAUACACUGACGCCAUUAGAAGAGUCCUUAAAACGUGACUUAUCCGAUACUCAAGAUUCGGGGGAUUUGGAAGACGAAUACCGUGAUUUACCUGCCACCAAAAAAUUUAAGCCAGCAGAAGAAGGAGAGGAAAGAGUAAGACCUGCACGUAAGAAGCCACAGCCAAUUUAUGUGCAAAUGUCGGAUGAUGAGGAUAUUCCAGAUGCCGUACCUUCCAUAGUGGGUGCUCCGUAUGUACCACCGCCUUCACAGCCAUCAGAAACAACAGGCGAGACAUGGCAAUGUCCUGAAUGCGAGUUCCAGAACCAGGCUUGUGUUCAAACUUGUGGUGUGUGUAAAAAUUUCAAGAAUCGUCAUGUUCAAGUGGUAGUAACACCAAGCAAGCGAAAAGGGAGAUCCACUCGUGGGCUACAAGAUAAUUCAGUCGUACCCACUAUCGAGCCGAGUACCAUGGCAGAUCGUUCUUUAGACAGUGCCACAUUAGCUGCUGCAGCAGGAUCUUCUAAUGAAAACGACAAGGAAGUGCACAUCAUCUUUACGGGCGUAACAGAAAAAGAAAUGGGAUUGAUGGAAGAGCAAUUGAAGCAUGUGGCCGAAUCAAAAUUACAUAUUCACGUAGGAACAGAGUUAAAGGAUAUGGAAAAGACAACUCAUGUGAUUGCCAGUGUGGAUAAAAAGAAGCAAUGUCAUCGUACCUUAAAGUACCUGGAUGGUGUGGUGACAGGCAAAUGGAUCGUCACACCGCAAUGGCUACUGGAUAGUAUGAAGGCGAAGAGAUGGUUAGGAGAAAUAGGGUAUGAAAUCCAAGGCGAUGCUAAAAGCGGAAUCACACAUGCACCAGAAAAGGCCCGAAAGCGAAGGAAUCCAUUAUUUCAAGGCAUGAAUUUUUAUUUUGCCGGUGAGUUUUCUGAAACCCAUAACAAGAAAGAUUUAUCGCGCUUGCUGCGUGAUGGGGGAGGUAAUGUAGAGUCUCGUAAACCAGCUGCCAGUGAGGAUCCUACCAAACAAGCCAUCGUUAUUUACAGCAAACAAAUAACUCGAAAGAAGUUACAUUGGUUAGAAAAGGGUUAUCAAGUACGGGACCCCAUUUGGAUCAUUAAUUGUAUUAGUCAUUUCGAAUUGAAAUAA